AUGGCCUCAGUCGAUUCAGAUUCCGAAGAUGCCAUCACCAAGGAGGAAAUCGCAGGGACAGCGCCGACUGCCGCGGACGCAGCAGACACCGGCGUAAGUCAACGUACGAAGCGCAACGCCUUCUCAGAACUCAUGUUGCGAAAAGCCAAGAGGCCCGCCAAGGAAGAAAAAGACCAAACCCACCCCAGACGCGCCCCCGCGCGGAAACCCUUCGACAGGCGCGACGGCCUCGGCGCUUACACCCACGACCCGGCCGCGUUCCCGCCGAGCCGCGUCAUCUACCACGGCGACGAGUUCGUCGCCAUCAACGACAUGUACCCGAAAUCGACCGUGCACGCGCUGCUCCUCCCGCGCUCGCCGCGCAGCCGCAUGCACCCGUUCGAUGCCUUCGAGGACCCGGCCUUCCUCGCCGCCGUGCAGGCCGAGACCCGGAAGCUCAAGCGCCUGGUGGCGAAGGAGCUGCAGCGGCGGUACGGGCGGUACAGCGCGCAGGACCGGGAGCGCGAGGCCGUGCUCGACGGGCGGAAUGGCGAUGGCGAUGGCGAUGGCGAUGGCGAUGGCAAGACUGAGCUGCCCAAGGGUCGCGACUGGGAGCGCGAGCUGCUGGUUGGCAUCCACGCGCACCCGUCCAUGAACGACCUCCACGUCCACGUGCUGGCGCCCGACAUGCUCUCGGAGUGCAUGCGCCACCGCAAGCACUACAACAGCUUCCACACGCCCUUCCUGAUCGACGUCGCCGACUUCCCGCUCGCGAAGGACGACGAGAGGAGACACCCUGGCAAGGCCGGGUAUCUGAAUGCCGACCUGAAGUGCUGGCGCUGCGGCAAGAAUUUCGGGGCCUCUUUUAAACAGCUCAAGGAACACCUCGCGGUAGAGUUCGAGGAGUGGAAGCGCAUAUGA